ACACUGAGCUGAUCACGCAGCAAACCUUUCACCUCCACAUCUGAGUGAGCUGAACGCCCCCCCUCCCUCCACGACUGCUGUUUAUCUGGUCCUGCAGUGAACACCGUCCCCGCUGAGCUCUGGACUGUGAAGACCUUCUCCUCAGGAGGGAUUUCUUCUUUGCUCCUCAAACACGGGAGAGAUGCCGCUGUCGCGCUCGCUGUCCAUGACCUCCCUGAGCGGGGUGCUGCCGGCCUGGGAGGAGGACCAGCUGCCUGUGGAGGACCUGCUGCUCUUCGAGGUGGCCUGGGAGGUAGCCAACAAAGUUGGGGGGAUCUACACUGUCAUUCAGUCCAAGGCCAAGGUCACGGUGGACGAAUGGGGGGAAAACUAUUACAUGAUGGGGCCGUACUUUGAGCACAACUUCAAAACGCAGGUGGAGGGCUGUGAGCCCCCCAACGCUGCCAUCCGCAAGGCCAUGGACGCCCUCAUCCACAACGGCUGCCAGGUUCACUUUGGUCGCUGGCUGAUCGAGGGAAACCCCUUUGUGAUCCUGUUCGACAUCGGCUCGGCAGCCUGGAACCUGGACCGCUGGAAGGGCGACCUGUGGGACACCUGCCACAUCGGCUUGCCGUUCCACGACCGGGAAGCCAACGACUCUCUGAUCCUGGGCUCCCUGAUCGCCUGGUUCUUCAGAGAGGUGACAAACCAUCUUGAAGACAAGAAAAACAUCAUCAGUCACUUCCACGAGUGGCAGGCUGGCCCCGGCCUCAUUCUGUCCCGCUCCCGAAAGAUUCCCAUGGCAACAAUCUUCACCACACACGCCACCCUGCUGGGGAGAUACCUGUGUGCUGGGAGCGUGGACUUCUACAACAACCUGGACAAGUUUGACAUUGACAAGGAGGCGGGAGAGCGGCAGAUCUACCAUCGAUACUGUUUGGAGCGCGCUGCCGUGCACUGUGCGCACGUGUUCACCACCGUCUCCCAGAUCACAGCAGUGGAGGCCAAUCACAUGCUGCACAGGAAGCCAGAUAUCGUGACCCCCAAUGGGCUGAAUGUGAAGAAGUUUUCUGCCAUGCACGAGUUUCAGAACCUGCACUCCACCAACAAGACCCGCAUUCAGGAGUUUGUCAGAGGACACUUCUAUGGUCAUCUUGACUUUAACUUGGAGAAAACUCUCUUCUUCUUCAUCGCUGGACGAUAUGAAUUCUCCAACAAAGGAGCAGACAUUUUCCUCGAGUCACUUUCCAGACUCAACUACCUGCUGCGGGUCCACAGGAAUGACAUGACUGUUGUAGUUUUCUUCAUCAUGCCAGCUAAAACCAACAACUUCAAUGUGGAGUCCUUAAAGGGCCAAGCAAUAAGAAAACAGCUCUGGGACACGGCUCAUACUGUGAAGGAGAAGUUUGGCAAAAAGCUCUAUGAUGCUCUGCUUAAAGGACAUAUUCCAGACAUGAACAGCAUUCUGGACCGGGACGACUUCACCAUCAUGAAGAGAGCCAUCUUUGCUACUCAG